AUCUCCAUCUUCACAAUCAAAUCAAAUCCCUCAAAAACUUAAUUUUUUUUUUCCCAGAAAAAUUCGAAAACCUCCACCACCACCACCAUCGAUGGACAACGCCCAGCAGCAACCCCAGCCCAACUCCUACCCGCCCCCUCCUCCGCCGCAGGCGGUGGCGUCGGGCGGCCCCGGAGCCCCGCCGGCGACGCCGUUCCACCACCUGCUGCAGCAGCAGCAGCAGCAGCUGCAGAUGUUCUGGUCGAUCCAGCGGCAGGAGAUCGAGCAGGCGAACGACUUCAAGAACCACCCUCCCCUGGCCCGGAUCAAGAAGAUCAUGAAGGCCGACGAGGACGUGCGCAUGAUCUCCGCCGAGGCCCCCGUCCUCUUCGCCAAGGCCUGCGAGCUCUUCAUCCUGGAGCUCACCAUCCGCUCCUGGCUCCACGCCGAGGAGAACAAGCGCCGCACCCUCCAGAAGAACGACAUCGCCGCCGCCAUCACCCGCACCGACAUCUUCGACUUCCUCGUCGACAUCGUCCCCCGCGACGAGCUCAAGGACGAGGCCGCGGGCCUCGGCGCCGCCGCCGCCAUGGUCGGGCCGCCGGCGAGCGGGGUCCCCUACUAUUACCCCCCGAUGGGGCAGCCCGCCGCGCCGGGGAUGAUGAUCGGGCGCCCCGCCCUCGACCCCGCCGGCGGAGUCUACGUGCAGCAGCCUCCUCCGCCGUCGCAGGCGUGGCAGAGCGUGUGGCAGACCGCCGCGCCCGACGACGGCGCCUACGGCAAGCCGGGGGAUCUCGAUGGCCCAGGGGUAGUGAGAGUUUAAUUGCCAGUUCAAACAUUGCAUUAGCCUUAAAUGUUGAAAGGGAGAUGAGUGCUCCUUUAAGUGGAUUGUAAAGCCUCAGUAUAAGCUCGACCAUAUGGCUGCUGACUUACUUUGCCCAUUUACGGACUAUGAAGUUAACUGUGGGACUCGGGUAUUGACUCUGAAUCUUCUUGGUGACGCACAAUUGAAGCAAGCAGACUGAUAUUAAGGACUUAACAUUAGAAUUUUAUCUGAUGUGGCAAAGGGUUAAUGAGCUUUGCUGAUGUUAACUGAACUCUUUAUCCGCCCCUGCAACUGUUAAUUAUAGUGUGUUUGGGCAGUGUUUGUUAGCAAAUGUAUCGACUUCCACCAAAAACUUGUGAGAAACAAACUAUAUUGAGUGCAGCAACAGAAUUGCUACUAUAACUCAGAUAACUCUAUGUGAAGUUGACCUAUGAUUAUGCUCGCAA